ACAGCACAGGGAGCCGCGUGGAAGAGCCGGCGGAAAACUACCAGGGCAGAGGAGUGAGGAGUGAGGAGUGGACCAGACCAGCCUGGACACCGCAGGACACCAGUACAUACACACGCUUACACACACGCGCGCCUCUGACUGAGCAUGGUGGACAGCGUGUACCGGACCCGAUCGCUCGGCGUGGCCGCGGUGGGCCUGCCGGACCAGUACGCGGACGGCAAAGCGGCUAAAGUGUGGCAGCUUUAUAUCGGUAACACCAGGAAGAGGACGGAGGAGUACCGGAGCUGGCUGGUCGCUCUGCUCAGACAGCACAGCUGUGUCAGUGCGCUGGAUGUGGCCUGCGGCACAGGGGUGGAUUCUAUCAUGUUGGUACAGGAAGGAUUCAAGAUGGUUAGUGUGGAUGCCAGUGAUAAGAUGCUGAAGUACGCUCUCAAGGAGAGAUGGGAAAGGAGGAAAGAGGCAGCUUUUGACCAGUGGGUAAUCGAAGAGGCCAACUGGCUUACGCUAGCAGAUGAUGUUCAGAAGCCGGGAGAUGGAUUUGAUGCGGUUAUCUGCCUGGGGAACUCAUUUGCUCAUCUACCUGAUUUUAAAGGGGACCAGAGUGAUCAGAAGCUGGCCCUGCAAAACAUCGCCAGCAUGGUGAAACCUGGAGGAAUCCUCAUCAUCGAUCACCGUAACUAUGACUACAUCCUCGAGACCGGCCUAGCUCCACAAGGGAAGAACAUUUAUUACCAGAGUGACUUGAAACAGGACAUCUCCACAUCAGUGCUUUGGGUCAACAACAAGCCCCACAUGGUCACACUGGACUACUCACUGGAGAUCCCACAAUCAGAGGGAGUACAGAGGCCACCCGAGACAAGUAAAUUCCGCUUGUCAUAUUACCCUCACCGGCUGGAGAACUUCAAGGAGCUCCUGAAGGAAGCCUUCAUUGGAAAAUGUGAGCUGAACGUGUUUGGUGAUUUCAAGCCGUAUAAGCCUAACCAGGGAAAGGCUCCUUGUUACUUCAUCCACGUGGUGAAAAAGACUGCUUGAAACAAUCUUUAGAAACCAAAGAGCUCUGCCAUUACUUUCUGUUCUUGUCAAUGGUUCAUCUGUCUUAUUCCUCUGGUGCCUUAAUCCUUCGUUUGCUGCUGUUUCACUGCAGUUUCCAGUAAAUAUUAUUAUUAUUUCAAGGGGAUGUCAAGGAGAGAAUCUUGUGUAUUUGUGCCACUGAAUGUGUUGAUUUAACCAUUGUUUGCAUUUCAGAGACCAUUGUUAAACCUCCUUUUAUAGAAUAGCAAAGUUUCAUGGAUUUUUUUCACAAUGCCACAUUUUUACGCACAUCCCACAUCAUUUUGAAUGCAUAAAUGUGCAUUGUGAUCUUUUAAACCACAACCAUUUGCCUUAAACUGAAACUGUUAGAAGGGAUGAAGUGGCUUAAACCCUUAUUAGGGCUGGGCAUUGUUCAAAUGGAUACCAAUACAGAUACCUCAGAUUUCUGAAUUCUGCUUUUUUUGAUACCUUCUUUUAUAGUGCAGACUAAAUAUUUACUGGCUGUUAAUUACAAACAUACUAAAUGUUUUUCAGCUAGCAAGUCAGCAGUCUAGAUUUAGGAACAAGCAUGUUUAUUGGCCCACAGAGGCUAAGAUAUAAUAAUUUGGUAAUUGGACUUUUCCAAUUCUCAGUAGUGAAGUGCUCAUAAAAAUCCUAGAUUUUGAUACAUAGCCUGAACCCUCACUACGCUACUGUAGUUCAGAUCCUCUGUGUUCAGUUUGAUCAGUAAAUGUUUUUGUUACUUUAAACGGCUGUUUGCUCUUUACUGGAGAAUCUUGAUAUCGUCCUUCGUUCAAAAAGUUCUCAUUGCUCAACUCUUCUCACUGCCAGAAGCCCAGAACGUCUCUUCAGUAGUUAUCCAUUAGCCCGUUAAAGCCUGUUUAAGAGAAACAGGGAGCCUACAUGACCUUUUUGGCUUAGAGAACCAAAGAAAGCUCUCAGUCUCCAUCUGUUGGACAGAUUGUAGAUGUGAACAUGUAUGAAGUUGCCUCAUCCGGACCUAUGGAACACAUUGUCACGAUGAAGUACUUUAUCCCGUACAACACUAACUACACAACUGCACAGUAUGAAUGUAGUAGGUAUAGUAAUUUUCUGGUUUUGGAGAUGAUAUAAAGUGAUGCUGUACAGUAAUCCUGUGUUGCCAGUUUAAAGGCUCGUUUUCAGUA